AUGGUUCAUUACAGGCAUCAAAAGAAGAUCGCAAUGAAGUAUAAAAACAAUAGAUCGGAGAAACAAGUGAGAAUCUCUAGAUGGAACUACUGUACCACAAAAUUCUUACAGUUUUGCAAAAGAACUGAUCUGCAUGGUUUCAAAUAUAUUGCUAUGGAGAAACUUAGUGUUACUGAAAGAAGUGUAUGGGCUGUGGCUGUGGUGAUCAGCGUGGUAUGUGCCACUUUCUUCGUCAUCAUCGCGUACAAAUGGUAUGCAAGAAACCCCAUAGUCACUGUUGUUGAGAGUACUCAGGGUGCUAUUUGGGACAUUCCGUUCCCGGCCGUAACAAUCUGUGAUCUAAAUGUAAUAUCCAAGAGAGCUGCAUUGGCUUUCUCAACAAACUUAUCACUUCCAGAAAACGUCACGUCAGAAUUCAUAUUUAGAACCCUUAAAAUCGCACCUCUAUUACAUUCCACGACCAUCGCAGAUCCGGAUGAAAAGAGGGACCUACACAAAUUACAAGACAUUUUAGACCUUAACAAUAUAUCCUUAGAUUCCUUAUUCCAACAGUUAUCACCAGCAGCAUCAUGCGGGGACUUAAUUGAACGCUGCAUGUGGAAGAAUACGAUAUACCGCUGUGAACAAAUUUUUCAACAUGUUUAUGCUGGAUUAAAUCUAUGCUGCACCUUUAAUUAUUACGCUGUAGACGAUAAUGCAAAUGAGGUAAGGUUUUUUCGUUACCCAACGCCGAGACGAGUGGCCUCAUGUGGGUAUCAAACUGCUCUAACUCUGAUUGUUAGAACUGACCCAGAUGAUUACUAUAGCACGGCGUUAGCUUCUCGGGGAUCGCUGGUUUUCAUAGACAAUGCAUAUAACAUACCGGAUAUGGAUUCUCCUGCGCGUCUGGUCAAUCCCGCUACUGAAGUUAUGAUCGCAGUGUCUCCAGAGAGGACAUAUGCCACAGCUGGCAUACGAUCAUUUAAGCCUCAUGAUAGGCAAUGCUACUAUAAUGAUGAAGUAAAAAUAGCGAAUUUUCAUCAUUAUUCAUUUCACAAUUGCAUGGCUCUGAAAAAAGUUCAAGUUCUGAUAAACAAAUGUGACUGCAUUCCGUUCUACUUUCCACAAAGAGAUUACAAUAGAAUAUGCAAUUUUCAUGAUAUUGAAUGUCUGGAAAGAGUUCUAAACCCCAAUCUGAUUUAUGAGAGCGAGGAAAACGAUCAAGUAAACAAAGACGAAAGUACUGAUAACAUGAUACAGUGUAUGCCAGAAUGUGAACAUUUCGAUUACCCACUUGAAGUGGCUUUGGGAAAGCUAUCCGUUGGCGUGCCAUUUAGUGGCACAAUGUUCUUCGACGACAUAAAUCUGGAGAAUCGUUCAGUGGUAAAUGUUUUCUUCAACGACUUAGUAGCGACUAGGUACAGAAGGGACGCUUACUUGAACUGGCAGAAUGUAUUGGCUGCCUUCGGAGGACUCCUGAGCCUUAUGUUAGGCUUCACUCUUAUAUCUGGAUUCGAUUUUGUUAUAUUUUUUUCACUAAAAGUAUUAUACGAUUCAAUAUCGAGGUUCUUUAUUUAUGAACAUUCUGAUGAACCUAAAGGAUUUAUUAUAAAUGUCAAAGAACACGAGAAAGAGCACUGGGUCAAGCAAGUGAAGAGAAACAGGAGUUACGAAGCCAACUCGAAUAAAUACAAUGAUCGACAUGUGAAAAUUAGAUAU